GGUCUCCUCAUUCUCACCGACUUGUAAUUACACCAGACCCAAAUUACGCGUCACCGUGUUCCUAUCUGUCUCUCUCCCUCUCUCUCUCUCUCUCCCCCCGGUUAGAGACUGAGAGCCAUAAGUCGUUUAAAGAGGAUUUGAAAGGUCAUUUUGUGUCUCUCGACUUCUUCUUUCUUCUUCAUCUUCCAAUCGAGAAAGCGGAAAUCUCCAGUCGGGUUUGAGAACUACAGAGAUGGGUUUCAAUUCAGUAUAUCGUGUGUUGCAGGAUGUCUUCCCACAGGUUGAUACUCGCAUGCUGAGGGCUGUUGCUAUAGAGAACCCAAAAGAUGCCGAUGCUGCUGUAGAGGUUGUCCUAGUGGAGGUUAUUCCUUAUUUGUCUGGAGGAUCUGCAGUUUCUGGUUCCUUUGACGAUACUGUGGAAGAUGCAUCUGACCCUGCUCCUAAGGUGGAUAUAAGCUUGACUGAUCAGAUGGUUGAAACACCAAAUGGCUCUUCAUCUUGUGAUGCAAAUGGUGAUGGUGAUAAAGUAUCCAAAUAUACUGGAAAAGAUGAAUUGGUUUCACUAGGGAAGCAAGAAGAAAUAAAUGUCAACAUUGUCCAUGAUGUGAUCUACCGUGACACAUUGAUCUCCGAGGUACAUAAAGAUACUGCAGACAAUGGUGUUGAUGAUCAAGUACAUAUGAAAAAUGAAGGUGGCGAAUUUAUGUCAGUAAUGCAAGAUUUGAGCAGUGUCAGAGUUGGGUUAGAUCAGGGUUCCCAUGUUUCAUCACCUGUAUCAAAACCUGGCUGUACCAAUGAGAUCAUGAGUAGUAAUCUGCUGGUUGGCCAGGAAAAUUUUGAUGGGCAUUCUUCUUGUGACUGUAAUAUUGUUAACUACGGAGAAAGCCUUCAUGCACAACCCCCUUUAGAUGAUAAUCAAUUGGAUAAAGAGAAAUCUGUGGUUCAGGUGGCUUCAUUACCUGUUCAAGAAUGCAACCCUGAUAUUCCAGAAGGCUGCCUUCAAUUGGCAGCUGAGCAUGCUGUAAACAGUGAUUGGGAGAAACUUGAGCCAGACGGCACAACCAAUGUUGCUUCCAAGGAAAACAUGGAUACCAGGGACACGGUUCAAUUUGAGGAUGAAAAUCCUUCGAACACCAUAGUUACUCGAUCUGGGCAGAUUUGUAGAAUUGAUUUGCUUGAGGAUAUUAUUGAAGAUGCAAGAAGUAACAAGAAAACAUUGUUCUUAGCAAUGGAAUCUGUUAUCAGCUUGAUGAGAGAAGUGGAGCUCCAGGAGAAGGCUGCCGAACAAGCCAGAGAGGAAGCUGUUAGGGGGGGCCUGGACAUUCUCACAAAGGUGGAAGAUCUCAAAGCAAUGCUGCAACAUGCAAAGGAAGCAAAUGACAUGCAUGCGGGAGAAGUAUAUGGAGAGAAGGCCAUUCUUGCAACUGAAGCGAGGGAACUUCAAUCUCGCUUGCUUAGCUUGUCAGAUGAAAGAGAUAAAUCUCUUGCAAUUCUUGAUGAGAUGCGUCAAACUCUUGAGGAAAGAAUGGAUGCAGCAGAAAAAGACAGGAGAACAGCAGAGCAAGAGAGGAUGGAAAAGGAAGAGUCAGCAAGAAAAGCACUUGCUGAGCAGGAACUCAUCAUGGAGAAGGUGGUUCAGGAGUCAAAGAUGUUGAAGGAAGAAGCAGAGGAGAACUCCAAGUUACAGGAGUUCCUGAUAGACCGUGGUCGGGUUGUUGAUGUAUUGCAAGGAGAGAUAUCUGUUAUUUGUCAAGACGUGAAGUUGCUGAAAGAGAAGUUUGAUGGGCGAGUACCCCUUAGCAAAUCCCUUUCCUCCAGUCAGACGAGCUGUAUCUUAGCUUCUUCAAGCUCAUCCUUCAAGAGCACGGCACUUGAUCAGGUUCCUGACCGAACUGACUUAUCUGAUUCCUCAAGGACGACGACCCCAGGACCCUCUGCUGAUGACGAGCUUUUCUCAGGAGAGGAGAGAGCAGGAAAUAAUCUUGGGGCACUAGUGGAAGAUGGGUGGGAACUAUUUGAUAAUCGCGAGGAUUACGCGUGAAUUUGUUAAAAUUGUGGAUCCAGAGCUCCCAAAUGUUUGGUUUUUGAAAUAGUCGUGCUUUGGCUAAAUAAGUUUUGGAUUGCUGCCGCCAACCUGCUUUUGCUAAAUAGAUACUCUUUACCAUUCUGUAGUUUAGCUAUCAAAUUCCUUAUGUACAGUAGUAUCUAUAGUCUACAUUUGCUUCUGCUUUGCUAAGUUAUCUUCUUUACAA